AUGUCAAAGGAGCAAUACGUAACUGACUCUAGCACCAACAGUGUUGGAGUUUCCAAUGCUCCUCCAUUCAUCAAUGAAAAUAAUGUUGGUGGAGAGCCAAUUGAAAGAACCAGAAGUUAUAUUCGAUCCACUACGCGUUCAUAUGGGAUUCGUAAAAGUGAGCUUCUUGUUGAACAAUAUUCAUCUCCACCAUUAAAGAUUUUAUUAUUGGUAUCUGUUUUCUUUGUCUCGUACGUCUAUGGAUUAGAUGGUAUGAUUAGAUCUCAAUUACAAGCUUAUGCUACCAAUUCUUAUUCUGAACACUCAUUGUUAACAACGGUCAAUGUCAUAAAGGCUGUGGUGGCUGCAGCUGCACAACCCACAUAUGCACGGUUAUCUGAUCGUUUUGGACGUUUAGAAUUAAUUGUUGUGUCAAUUAUUUUCUAUUCUAUAGGUACGCUUAUUUCCUCGCAGGCUCAUGACAUACAGCGUUAUGCAGGGGGUCAAGUAUUAUACCAAGUUGGAUAUACUGGUGUUAUUAUUAUGCUUCAAAUUCUCAUUGCAGAUUUAUCAACACUAAAUUGGAGAUUGGUAUGUUCUUUUAUUCCUGCACUCCCAUUCAUCAUUAACACAUGGAUCAGUGGUGAUGUAUUGGACUCACUCUAUCCCUCAAGAUCUUGGAGUUAUGGUAUUGCCAUAUGGGCAUUUAUCUUCCCUUUGGCAUGUGUUCCUUUGUUAUGCUGCUUGGUGCAUAUGGAGAUUAAGGUUAGACGCACCGAAGAGUGGAAGAUCUUACAGGAAGAACGCACCCGUUUUUCUUUAUGGACUUCUUGGAAAAACAACAUCUUUGUACAAUUAGUCGUUGAACUUGAUUUAAUAGGGAUCCUCUUGAUGGUCAUUGUGUUUGGUUUGAUCUUAACUCCUUUGACUUUAGGUGGUGGUGUUUCAUCAAACUGGAAGACUGCAAAAGUGUUAGCUCCAUUAGUGGUUGGAAUAGUUUUUACACCCAUUUUCCUCGUUUGGGAAAGAAACUACGCUACUUAUCCAAUAGCUCCAUUCAAACUAUUAACUGAUAGAGGAGUUUGGUCUGCUAUUCUUAUUGGUAUGUCAGUCAAUUGGGUUUGGUAUAUGCCUAAUUCAUUCAUGUACACUGUAUUAAUUGUGGGGAUGAGAGCGUCAAUUAAAGCCGCAUCAAGAAUCACUUCCUUAUACUCCUUUGUCUCGGUUAUAACCGGUCCUUUAUUGGGGUUGGUCGUCGUACGAUUCAGAAGAUUGAAGCCCUUCAUUAUGUUUGGUACAGUCAUGUGGAUCAUUGCCUUGGCCCUUCUUUAUGUGUACCGAGGAUCCAACAACGGUAUUGACUCGGAGAAGUAUCUCAAUGGAGUCAUAGGUGGGUUGUGUUUGAUGGGUUUCGGUGCAGGCUUCUUUACAUAUUCCACGCAGGUUUCCAUCAGUACAUGCACGAACCACGAAUACAUGUCAAUCUUACUCUCACUCUACUUAGCUUCCUAUAACAUUGGCAGUGGUAUUGGAUCAGCCAUUUCCGGGUGUGUUUGGACUAACAGGAUGUAUGGAGAGAUUGUAAAAGAGAUGGAAAAGUUGGGUGUUGAUACUACAUUGGCAGUUGAUGCUUACAGAGCUCCAUUCACAUUUAUAGUUACUCAUGUUUGGGGUACUCCAGAAAGAAAAGCUGUUGUAUUGGCAUAUGCUAAUAUUCAAAGAAUCUUGAGUUUGAUUGGACUUAUUUUAUGUUUUCCACUAUUCGUUUAUACAUUAUUCUUGAGAGAUCACCGAUUAGAUUCAGUGCAAUCUUUGGGAUUGACUCUGGACAAGGAAAAGGGUGACGUUGACAGUAAACAUCCUGAGGUUGUAUUGAACAAUUAUGAUGAUGAUUGGAUUUAUAAUAAGUUGAGAUCUUUAUUCAAAUCCAAAAAAUAG